AUGGGGCAAUAUUGGCUGCCCUUGGAAAUCAUCUCCCUGGUCAUUUCUUACCUCGAUGUCUCCACCAACUCCAGUCUGAUUCAAUAUGCAACAGUUAGCCGGGAGUGGCAGGCCUGCAUUGAGCAGCGCACGUUUGCAAUCCUUAAGCUGAACACCCCCCAGCGACUCAAGGAACUCUCCCAAGUUGUUGCUAGCAAUAAGCAAAGACAGAAAUAUGUUCGGGAAAUUCAUCUCAUUAUCCAACUUCAGCCAUACAAUAUAAGAGCGCGUGCCUACUUGGAGACAGCUGCCGAGCACAGUCACAAUAAUAAGCUUUUUGUCCGGACGAUACAAGAUAUUCUCCGACUUUUAGCAACCUGGCCAGAGAACCACAGAGGAAUUGAACUAUUCAUUCAGGCACAGUCCACUAUCUACGGCAGCAGGCGGGAAAGACCACGACGAGAAGCAGAUCGUGAUACGCCAGAGCUGGACCAACUAGACUUGAGAUUUGAAAGAUCUUAUCUCCAUGUCUCUGAGGAAAGCCUGAAGAGGAUUCCGCCUGUAACGGCAGUGACUACACUUACUAUCUACGGGGGGUCGAGAUAUGAACGGUUGAUUAGGCCCUCAGCAACCUCUGUCAUUGCGUCAAAGAUGCCACGGUUACAGAAUUUGGUACUGAACCUCCGGGAUAAUGAAAAACGAGAUCAAGACCUUCGCAAGCAUAACCGGGCUGAGUUUGCGAACUCGUUUCAUCUCUUGCCACAAUCAGUGCAACGAUUUGACCUUGUAUUCUACAAUGAGGCACCCGGAUGUGAGGUUUUCGACCCAAUUGACCUCGUUCGAGGGAGAAUGGACGACCUCUUCAGCGCUCAGUUACGGGGUUUUUCACAACAGCUUACAUCCCUCUCUCUGCAAUACGCUGUUGUGGGGAAAGAGUUAUUCUGGCCUGCUACUACCGACGAGAAUUCACGGCUCCCAUUUUGGCCAAAUUUAACAACAUUCCGCCUCGAGUAUCGGGACACAAGUCCUUCCGGAGAGUGGUAUUUUGAAAUAGGUCCUAUUGAGGAAGUAGAGGAAGGGGGUGCUGUACGGCCGCUUCGUCAGAACCGGUAUCCAAGGUACCGUGCAAAAGCAUCAGUGGGACUUCUCCAGCAAUUCUAUAUCUCGGCUGGAAGGGCAGCGCAGCGCAUGCCGCGGCUGCAAUGUAUGGAUUUGAAGUGCUUUGCUCCUUUGGUAAGUCACGGGUUUGUAUACGAGGUAAAGGGAAAAGCAGCAACAGCAAUAUGGACAGCUCCAGCUGAAUAUGCACCAGAGGAAUGUGUUGUGAAUGUUUGGAGAGAUGCCGCUUUUCAGCAUACUGGCGAGGAAUCGAGUCUAGAGGUUGAGCUGAUAGACAGGACGGAUACGGCUUGA